UAGUCUAUCGACAACGGUCUCGAUCAGUGCAUGCGACUAGACAAUACUUGCGCUCGGUUUCGUCAGUAUUGCUGCUUUUGCAAGUGCCCGCUGCUUUCGUUUGAAAAUAAAACUUUGUGAGAGACUGAGAAAAAGAAGUGUAACAGUGCAGAAGGGGGCAAGGCGAAAAAUUUUGCCGAAUUUUUGGAAUUGGUGGUACCACCCGCUUUGAGACCAUCAAGAAAUUUCAACCGUGCAGCAAGUAACGCGUGAUUAUACGCCCGCUUUUAUUGGUGUACGCAGGAGAAACCGAAAACAUUCAAGAUGAUCAUGACGUGUGCCGGGUGUGAUCGGGCCAUUCUCGACAAAUUUCUUUUAACUGUUUUGGAUCGUACGUGGCACGCCGAAUGUGUCCGUUGUGCCGAUUGUCGUAAUAUUCUUGCCGAGCGCUGCUUCUCCAGGGACGGAAAAUUGUACUGCAGAACCGACUUCUUCAGGAGAUACGGUACAAAAUGUGGUGGUUGCGGCCAGGGGCUGUCACCGACGGAUUUGGUGCGAAAGGCCCGCGAUAAAGUUUACCACCUACGGUGCUUCACCUGCGCUCUAUGUCGGCGACAGCUAUCGACUGGAGAGGAACUCUAUCUUCUUGACGAUGCUCGAUUCCUCUGUAAAGAGGACUUCAUUCGAGGAAAAUCUGCUCCUGAACUGCUGCUGAAUUCAGCGUCGGACGACGACGACGACGAAACUCUAUCCAUCUCGCUUUCGAUCGAGAAGGAAGCUAACAACAACAACCAUAACCAUCAUUGUGCUGUUAGCGUACUGAGUAGCAGCGGCGCCAGCAGCUUAACGAUGCCCUCUCCCAACCGACCGUUGACUCCAAUGACCCAGGGCCUAAUCAUACCGCCACCUCCCUCCUCUGAUGGCAUUGUCAUCAAAACUCAGCGGCCUUCUACGCCCUCCAACACCCUCGACGACAAGGAUGGCAACGAUUCGGAAGGCUCAGUGGAUGGCGACGGAGAAGGCGAGAGUCGUAGUGACAACCCGUCCGAAUCGAAAUCUCCGGACGAGGGCGGGGCAGGCUCCAAACGGCGUGGCCCUCGUACCACCAUCAAAGCCAAACAGCUGGAGAUCCUGAAGAACGCGUUCUCGCAGACGCCUAAACCAACGAGGCACAUUCGAGAACAGCUGGCCAAGGAGACCGGCCUUCCUAUGCGUGUCAUCCAGGUGUGGUUCCAGAACAAACGGUCGAAAGAACGCCGACUGAAGCAGCUUACCUCCAUGGGUCUGAGGCCGUAUUUCGGAGCUUCGCGCAAGCUGAGAGGCUUCCCAGUGAGCCCGGGCAUGGACGAUGGCUCCGGCGUUGUUGGCGGAUUCAACCCUUAUUUCGAUCCGAAAUAUGCAGCCGAUUUCGCUUACGGUGGAGCACCUGGAGGUCCUCAUCCCCAUUUCGGCCUGCAUUCUCAUGGACCACCUCAUCCUCUCCAGCAUCACCCCAACCCUCCGUUUGGUGACUUCUUCGGUGGACCUCAUCCGCCUCCCCCUCCACCCUCUCAGUCCUCCCAAGGGGGACCUGGAGCGCCGCCCGGUGCUGGAGCUCAAGGGCCAGGUGGAAAUGCGCCUUUUGGCGGCGGACCUGGAAUGGGUAUGGAUCCAUCCUCAGGAAUGGGAGGUGGAGAAUUCGGACAAAUGAGUGACCCGACUCAAUAUCUGACUCCGAAUGACCUAAUCUCGCAGCGCUCAAGUCCAGACUUUAUGCCUGGAGGUUCGGCCAACUUCGCGGAGCAUCAGCAAAUGAACGAGGGUCUCGUCUGGUGACUUUAGUCAGGUCAUUUGUGGGCGUGAAGGCGUUCGUGUAGGAAUCAAGAAGUAGACGAGAAACCGUGUCGGCUUUCGAUGACACGCUGCGUGCAACAGCGCACACAGAGAAGAGCAGAAAAAAAAUUAAUAAAUAAAUGAAACAAGAGAGUGGAAAAAAUUCUUUUGUCUUGUUUGUAGGCGAUGCUAUACAGUGUUAUAGAUGCGUGUGAUUACAGCACAUUGCGCAAUCAUUAGCGUCAAAGUGUAUCCCUCUUCUUCCUUAUUUGGAUUCAACUUUACGAUGUAUUGUCAUGGGUAAAAGCCCAAGUCCUGAGCGAGCCAGUUUUUUUCAGCAAAAAGUGAGCGCUGCACUCGUUGAAGGGCAUCUCGAGAGCUAUCCAACCAAGCCGCACGACAAAAAAGAAACCGUUGAACGAAUUACAUAUUGUAGGUGUUUUUUUUUUUUUUUUUUGUUUUUUUCUCUUUCUCCCCCCCUUUUUGUUGUUGUUGUUGUUUUUGACCUGUUGGCAGCGUCUUUUUCAGUUGGCGUGUCUUUGCUACUGAAACUGAUCUUCUUGAGUAGCGCACAGAGUAAAGGAAUAAAGGCAUUAAAGAAAAUGGUCUUGGUUAAGUUUCUGUAUAAGUUUAGUUGAUUGAUAUGAGUUGUUUCUCUUUGGUCCUCGUUUCUACUACUUUUCGACAUUUAAUUUUUUAUUUUGAAUUAUUUUUCUUAUUUUUCUUUUAUUCUUUGGGUUAAAAAAAAAAAAGGGGAAAAAUAUAUUUAUUUAUUUAUUUUUUUUUUUUUGCUUGAGAAGCGUUUGUUGUGUACAAGUACAAUGUCUCUUGUGCUAAGCCCAAACACGUAUACAGUAAAACAAAAAGCCCAAAUUUCGGUGGAUAAACUGCAACCCCCCUCCCCUAUUUUUCGACGAAGGCCACGCAUGAUUCCGUCGAUUCAAGGCACGUUUGGCGCAUGGCAGGGUGCUGAUCAAUCUGACAGGACACAUUUGGAAACGUAGGUUGACCUACCAGUCGUCAAUCUCUCUCCUUUAAACAUUACCUCUUCCUAUCACACGGUUCUUGUCGCCACCAGUUUCACUCUAUUCGUCCCUCUCCCCCACUCUCCUCCCUCUCUCUCUCCCCCCGUCUCUUUAUUUGGUGUCAAAUGUCGUGCGGUUGAGCCCCCCUGAAAACAAAAGAAAAGAAAACAAAAAACAAAAAAAACAAACAAAAAAACAGAAAAAGGAAAUAGAGACCCGGCUGGCCGUCGAUAUUAUUGUACAUAUAGAAAAGUUUAUACAGAAUUGUCACAAGAAGAAAAAUAAAUAGUUCGUUUAGUCGUCUGA